ACCCUUUCACCCUCCUCUGUGCACACCACUUCGCCACCAGCUACCAUGCAGUCCACCCGCUUCCUCGCGGCCAAUAUGCUGCGCCAGCAAGCCGCCGCCGCCACCCCGCUCCUGCGAUCCCGCGCGGUGCCAAUGCUCCGCUCCCAGCCGAUCAUCAAGACCCAGCCUUCAAUGGUGAGGACUCUGCGGUUACAAGCGACGCCGAAGAUGCGCAUGCCCGUGCCCGGAGAGGAGCAAUCCGGCCACACCAUCUCCCAGCGUCUGCGACAAUGGAGGCGCAUCCCGCCGGAGCUGGUGCCUCUCGGCGUGGUGUUGGCUGCCGCGCUGAUUGCUGCCGGCUACAGCAUGGUCAACAAGUUGAUGACGGAUAAGACGCUGCGCCUGACUAGGCAGGGGCCCACGAAGCACUAAGGUUGAGGUGGGCGUGGUGCUUUCUUCUCAAGAUGUGGAGGGAGCUGCGUUGCAGGUUGUGAAUACGGAUGUACCUUACUUGAGCAAUGGGCCAGAGACAAUCGUAUUGGAGUGCAGUUUGAUUGAUCAAUGUGAUGGA